GGACCCAAAAUACAGGAAGUGGGGAGCGAAGCCGGCGGUUUGGAAACGAGUCGUGAUGGCAGCAGUGUCGUAUAAAUGUAUUGAGUGCAAUCAAGAGGCAAAUGAACUUCACAGAGAUUACAGCUAUGGCGUGUUAAAAAUUACCAUAUGUAAGUCUUGCCAAAAGCCAGUGGACAAGUACAUUGAAUAUGACCCUGUAAUAAUUUUGAUUGAUACGCUUUUAUGCAAAGCACAAGCUUACAGGCAUAUUAUUUUUAAUACAACAUUAAAUAUACAUGGGAAACUGUUUGUGUUCUGCCUGCUAUGUGAGGCUUACCUCAGGUGGUCACAACUGCAGGGCUCCAGGCAAAGCAGUGACCCAGCAGACAUCAUCCGAUACACAAAAGAAUGGGAUUUCUACAGAAUGUUCGGACUAGCUGCUCUAGAGCUAAUAAUGUUUCUAGUAGGGGUGUUUACUUUCCUGUGGUUAAUAAAAGGCUACCUGAAAACAAUUCCUGAACCAGCCAUGAUGCUGAAAGCACUACUGCUGUCCAGCUAUGGCAAACUGUUAGUCAUCCCAGCUGUAAUCUGGGAACAUGACUACUCCCCACUGUGCCUUCACCUGAUAAAAGUGUUUGUGCUCACUUCAAAUUCACAAGCAGUUAGAGUUAUUCUCAACUGUAGCAGAAGACUUUCACUCCUGGUUAUCUUCAUUGGUUUGUUCAUGGAAACAUCUGCAUCUUACAUCUUCCAGAAAAUGGAGUGGAGCACAUAGGACAAGUGGUUCCAGCUUUCUCGGCAGCUUUCCUGUUCUUGCUGUCUUCAGUUACUAUUUUUUCAGGAAACACAUCUUCAAUUGAGGCUGUCAGCAGAAACACUUUUUUUUUAUUACUGAAGGUGGGUGUCUGGUGCUGUGGGCAUUCUUAAUAAUGGGGUUAUCCUUGUCCAAACACAUCUUUUUUUGGAAGACAUCCUUUAGGGUUGGCCUAAGCUUUUACCAUGUUAUCGUUGAUAUUUGUCAACCCUGUACAAAUACUGUGACUGACUUCAAACACUCUGACUCUCAACAAAUCAAGUCAUAGUGUGUACAUGACAAAACCAGUUGGUGCACUUUUGCAAUUAUAUGUUUGCUGGGUGUUUUAUACUAGGCUGCUGCAAAGUUAUACAAAACAAAUGUCACCUCCAGUGGAGAAAAAGGGGCAAUUGCUUUUGUUGAAACUGACAAAGAGUUACUGUCUGAUGCUUAGUAUUGGCAUAAAAACAAAUAGAUGGUAUUGUUGAAAUCAGUGUUUUGAUUUAUUGAAUACAAAUGUAUGAACCUUUUUUUUUUUGCUUUGUGAAUAAUGAAGAGGUCAAAUGUUUUUCAGGUAUUGCAUAUAAACUCAUUCUCCCUUAAAAUAUGAACAUUUUUACUUUUAAAUAAAGCACCCUCUUUCAUCAGGCGUGAUUUCUUCUGGGCUGUGACAUUGAAAUUCAAACAAAAAACAUCUAUGCAGGGGUGUCUUCGGUAAUCUAAAACAUAUGUUUGGGUUUGCAAGUACUUGACACUACCACCAAACUGAAAUAACAUUGUGGAAGACUGCUUCCCUGCAGGCAGGGGUUUCUCACAGCCAGAGGUGGGACAUGAAUCCGGAACCUCCCGCACUGAAACAUAGUGCUGAUACCGUUGUACAAAAGAGCCAGCUCCCUUGCAGGAGCUGGUAUCGGGCUUACGUCUUCAUAUUUGAUUGCGUCACGUACCAACCCUGACCCCUACACACUAUAUAUAUAUA